AUGGCCACGACGCAGACACACCCGGACCCGCCGCCGGGCGCGUCGCCGGCCUUCAUCCCGCUGGAGGCGAACCCGGAGCUGAUGACGAGCCUGCUGCGCAAGCUGGGCCUCAGCGCGGCGCUACAGGUGCACGACGUCUACUCUAUCUCGGACCCAGAACUGCUGGCCUUCAUCCCGCGGCCCGCGCUGGCCCUGCUGCUCGUCUUCCCCGUCUCGGCCGUCUACGAGUCCCAGCGCAUGGCCGAGGACGCCCCGCUGCCCGAGUACGCCGCCAAGGGCCCCGCCGAGCCCGUCGUCUGGUUCAAGCAGACCAUCCGCAACGCCUGCGGCCUCAUGGGCCUGCUCCACGCCGUAAGCAACGGCCCCGCGAGGGGAUACGUCGAGUCUGGCUCCGACCUGGACAAGCUCAUCAAGGACGCCAUUCCCCUCGCUCCCGCCGAGCGCUCCAAGCUGCUCGAGCGGACAUCGUCCCUGGCAACGGCGCACCAAGAAGCCGCCAGCCAGGGCGACACGGCGGCGCCUGACGCGCAGGACGACGUCGACCUGCACUACGUCUGCUUCGUCAAGACCGAAGAUGGCACACUGUGGGAGCUGGACGGACGACGGAAGGGCCCGAUCGCACGGGGAAAGCUGGAGGAGUCGGAGGACGUUCUGUCUGAGUCUGCGCUGUUGUGGGGGCCGUUGAAGUUCCUGGAGCGUGAGGGCGCCGAUAUGCGCUUCAGUUGCGUGGCGUUGGCAGGCUCGCUCGAGUGA